AUGAUCCCGCCCUCGACCCCAUCCUCACCUGCGAUUGGUCCACGGGUACCGAGGAGGCCGGGCUACACGGGGCAGCCUCGUCCCCGCCACGACCCACCAAUGGACCGCAGCGGGGGCUGCGUUGGAUGGUUCCGCCCCCGCUGCGGUCAAACCAAUGAGCUUGCGGGGGCAGAGUCGCGGGCGGGGCUGCUCCGUGUUGUGGGUGAUGUUACACCGCGUGGGCGGGGCUACGUCUGCGCACUGAGCGCGGGGCCUGCGCGGCGGCUCGGGGCCGGGAUGGCGGCACCGGGCGGGCCGGGCCCCGGCUCAGGGCCGCUGGACAUCAACCGUGCCGGUGUGGCCGAGCUGCAGGGAGCGCUCAGCGGCAUCGGCCGCCGCCGGGCGCGUGGCAUCGUCCGCAAGAGAGAGGAGCUGAGGGGCUUCAGCUGCCUGGAGGAGCUGCUGCAGGUGAAGGGCAUCACACAGAGGGUACUGGAGCUCAACUGGCAGCGGCUGCGCUGUGGGCACCGGGGGGGCACUGACAGGCACGGCCCUGGGGACAGCACAGCUCAGGCUGGGGAUAGCUCAGAGCCCCCAGCACAGGUGCCCCAUGCUGAGGAUGAGGCGAGUGAGGAAGGUUCUGGCUCCUGGCACCCUGGGCACUGCAGGGAGGGGACCCUGGCACCGGUGCCUGCUGUCUCCUGUGGCUCUGGUGGCCACAGGGACCUCUCCAGGGUUGGGGGGGAGCAGGAAGAAGAUGAAGAAGAGGAGGAGGAAGAAGAGGAGGAAGAAGAGGAGGAGGAUGAUGAAGGCAAUCUCUACCUCUACUAUAGCUUGGGGCAGCGCUGGCUCCACUGCCAGCCUGGAAGGCACCUCCUGCGCCACCUGCGCCCACAGGGGAAGCGAAAGUCAGAGCCAGGGGGGGAUGGAGCCCUGGCCCCUGGCAAGAAGCUCUGCAGGGGCUCAGAGUUCAGCAGGACCCUGGGUCCCUGCACCCCCAGCCCCACCACCACCUUUGGGGACCUGAGAAAUGCGCAGGGGGCUCCAGGCCGCCGCCGCCGCAUGCCCUCCGUGGUGCCCCCACCCGAGCUCCAGGACUGGCUCCAGACCUUCCAGCGCUGGAGCGGGCAGGAGAAGCUGCUGGCCCUGGACGAGCUGAUCGACCGCUGCGAGCCCCCCCAGAUCCGGCACAUGAUGCAGGUCAUCGAGCCCCAGUUCCAGAGGGACUUCAUCUCCCUGCUGCCCAAGGAGCUUGCCCUCUACGUCCUCUCGUUCCUGGAGCCCCGGGACCUGCUGCGUGCGGCCCAGACCUGCCGCUACUGGCGGCUGCUGGCCGAGGACAACCUGCUCUGGAGGGAGAAGUGCCGCGAGGAGGGCAUCGAGGAGCCGCUGGCCCCGCGGCGGCGCCGGCUGCUGAGCCCUGGCUUCAUGCACAGCCCCUGGAAGUUGGCAUUCCUGAGGCAGCACCGCAUCGACGCCAACUGGCGCAGCGGCGACCUGCGGCCCCCCAAGGUGCUGAAGGGCCACGACGAUCACGUGAUCACCUGCCUGCAGUUCUGCGGCAACCGAAUCGUCAGCGGCUCCGACGACAACACCCUCAAGGUCUGGUCGGCACUCACCGGCGAGUGCAUCCAGACGCUGGUGGGGCACACCGGGGGGGUGUGGUCGUCGCAGCUCCGCGGCUCCACGGUCAUCAGCGGCUCCACCGACCGCACCCUGCGCGUCUGGGACGCCGACAGCGGCCGCUGCCUGCACACCCUGUACGGGCACACCUCCACCGUGCGCUGCAUGCACCUCCACGGCACCAGGGUGGUGAGCGGGUCUCGGGAUGCCACGCUGCGGCUGUGGGACAUCGAGAGCGGGCAGUGCCUGCACGUGCUGCUGGGGCACGUGGCGGCCGUGCGCUGCGUGCAGUACGACGGGCACCGGGUGGUCAGCGGCGCCUACGACUACACCGUCAAGGUCUGGGACCCCGACACCGAGAGCUGCACCCACACCCUGCAGGGGCACACCAACAGAGUCUACUCGCUGCAGUUCGAUGGCAUCCACAUCGUCAGCGGCUCCCUGGACACCUCCAUCCGCGUCUGGGAUGUGGAGAGUGGGAACUGCCUGCACACCCUGAUGGGACACCAGUCCCUCACCAGCGGCAUGGAGCUGAGGGACAACAUCCUGGUAUCCGGCAAUGCCGACUCCACCGUCAAGAUCUGGGACAUCAAAACAGGGCAGUGCCUGCAGACCCUGCAGGGGCCCAGCAAGCACCAGAGCGCCGUGACCUGCCUACAGUUCAGCUCCAAGUUCGUGGUGACCUCCUCGGACGACGGCACCGUGAAGCUGUGGGACCUGCGCACCGGAGAGUUCCUGCGCAACCUGGUGGCGCUGGAGAGCGGCGGCAGCGGCGGCGUCGUCUGGCGGAUCCGCGCCUCCAACACCAAGCUGGUCUGCGCCGUCGGCAGCCGCAACGGCACCGAGGAGACCAAGCUGCUGGUGCUGGACUUCGAGGUGGACCUCAAGUGACCCGGCGGGGCCGG